AUGGGUCGGCUGGCGGUGCCCUGGCUGCGCCCUGGCCAGCGGCACACGGUGCGGCUCUGGGGUCUGCCUGCCGGCUGCUGGCACCCGGCCACGCUGACGGGGCGCAAGAAAGGGGCUUUUGUCCUCCGAGAGGCCGGGGCCGAGCGGGCAGCCCUGCGUGCGGGGGGCACGGGGGCCGUGGGCUGUUUGGCGGUAACCGAGCCCGACCCCUUGGCAUUCGCUGCCUUCGCCGCUUCCCACGGCGGGAACAAGCGGCGCGUUCUGCAGGCGGUGGCGGGAGAAGAAAGGCCGCCUUGUCCGCCCCAGCGGUGGGGCGCCGGCCGGGGCAGCCGCACUCCCGCCACGGGCAGGCGUCUCCUGCGCAGUGAGGAGCCAGGGUUUGCGAGGCUUGUGCUCAGGCUGCCAGAUGUGCAGGCUGCCGGCAGGGAUGUGCGGGAGGAAUACGGCAGAGCCGUGCCCGGCGUGGUCGCCUGUGCUGACGUCCUCUCUUUCUCCUGGCAGCAGCCUGUGCUCGAGAGCACCCGGCGUCUUCGAGCAAGCACCAUGGAGGCACCCGGCAGGAUCCCCGCCAGCCCAACCCGCAGAGUCCAGACCAUCAUCCAGAACAGCCCCCUAGACCUGAUCGACACGGGCAAGGGCCUGAAGGUGCAGACGGAGAAGCCGCACUUGGUGAGCCUGGGCAGCGGCCGGCUCAGCACCGCCAUCACGCUCCUGCCUCUGGAGGAAGGGAGGACCACCAUUGGCACAGCCGCGAGGGACAUCAUCCUGCAGGGCCCUGGGCUGGCGCCCCAGCACUGCUACAUCGAGAACGUGCGAGGGACGCUCACCCUGCACCCCUGCGGCAACGCCUGCGCCAUCGACGGUGUCCCGCUCCGGCGGCCCACGCGCCUCACCCAAGGGUGCACCAUCUGCCUGGGCCAGGCCACCUUCCUCCGCUUCAACCACCCUGCCGAGGCCAAGUGGAUGAAGAGCAUGAUCCCGGCGGGGGGCAGGAGCCCGGCAGCUCUCUGCGGGCUGCCAGCAAAGCCCGAGGCCCUGGUGAACGGUGGCCGCCAGCCGGCCGAGCGCGGGUGUCCCAGCCACAGCUCCCUCGUCAGCUCCAUUGAGAAGGACCUGCAGGACAUCAUGGACUCGCUGGUGCUGGAGGAGCCGGCAUCGCCCGGCGGCAAGAAGCCGCCCACCCGUGGCCGGUCCCCCCUCUCCCCCGUGGUGAAUGGGGGUGGGCGUUGCCUCCUGUCCCCCCCGCCCAGCCCCGGGGCCACCUCGGGGGGCUCCAGCUACGAGAACGCCUCUCCCCCCCUCUCCCCCCUCUCCUCCCCAGCCAACAGCGGUGGGCACACCCAGCGCAAGGGCCUGGAGGAGCCAAGGUGCUCUGGGAGCCCCUCGCCCCCACUGCCGGCAGAGACCCCUCCGCGCCGCCCCAGCUUUAGCACCUGCCUGAGCCCGGCAUACGGGCUGGGCUCCCCGGCCAUGUCCUCGCCCUGGCAGAGCCCCCGUGCCCCCAGGAAGCCCUUGGGGGACCCACGGCCGCCAGCGGGGCCACGGGAGCGCAAGAACAGCAUCACCGAGAUCAGUGACAAUGAGGAUGAGCUGCUGGAGUACCACCGGCGGCAGCGGCAGGAGCGGGUGCGGGAGCAGGAGAUGGAGCGCCUGGAGCGGCAGCGCCUGGAGACCAUCCUGAACCUCUGUGCCGAGUACACCAAGACGGACGGCACUGAGCCGGGCGAUGUGCAGCGGCUCCUGGCCGGCGACGCAGAUGCUGGCCAGCGGGCGCCCAGGGGCGCCAUGGCUCUGGGCCGUGCUGCCAAGGAGCUGCGGCAGAGGGAGAGCUUGGAGAGGUCGGAUGAGGAGAACCUGAGGGAAGAGUGUAGCAGCACUGAGAGCACCCACCACGAGCACGAGGAGCUGGCCGGCCCCCGGGCCAAGGAGGCGCAGCGGCUGGAGGAGGACCGUGCCAGCAUCCUCGGCCGCCUGGACCAGCUGAAGGGCCGUGUCAAGGAGCUGGAGCAGCAGCUGCAGGAGACAUCACGAGAGGCGGAGAUGGAGCGGGCGCUGCUGCAGGGUGAGCGGGAGUCGGAGGCGGCGCGGCUGCGGCAGGAGCAGGAGGUGGUGCAGCAGCUGCAGGAGAAGCUCUCCAGCCUGGACGCCAGCAUCCGGAAGGAGCGGGACAAGGAAAGGGCAAAGGUUGAUGCUGAAAGGAAGGAGCUAGAGCAACUCCGGGCGCUUUACCAUGAGUCGAAGAGCCACCUUGAUAAGUGCCCCGAGUCAAUGCGGGAGCAGUUGCGGGAGCAGAUGCGAAGGGAGGCGGAGGUGCUGGAGACAGAGGCCAAGCUGUUUGAGGACCUGGAGUUCCAGCAGCUGGAGCGGGAGAGCCGCCUCGAGGAGGAGCGCGAGGCACGGGGCCAGCAGCUCCUGCAGAGCCGGGCCGAGUGCCACCGCAGCAUCGCCCGCAGGAAGGAGCGAGUGGCCGCCCUGGAUGCCCAGGCUGCCCAGAUCCAGCUGCAGAGCGCCCAGGAGGCCGAGCGCCUGGCCAGGGAGAGAAACGGCAUCCUGCAGCUCCUGCAGAAGGAGAAGGAGAAGCUCGUGUCUCUGGAGAGGCGAUACCAGCUCGUCACAGGCGGCAGGAGCUUCCCCAAAAUGUCCUCAGCUCUCAGAGAGUACGUGACCGUUGAGCAGCUCUCGGGCAUCCUGGGUGGCCUCCGCACCCCUGCUGCUUCCCCACUGGGCUGUGCCCCUCCAGCUCCUUCAUCCUCGGGCUGUGCUGCUCCUCCUCCUCCUCUUCCGUCUCUCUCUUCUCCCUCCGUCUCUGCAGAGAUGGAGCAGCAGCUGCCGGGGGGCCACAUGUGGCUCCCGGCUCUUGAUUUAGAGAAGUGGUACCAGGAGGUCAUGGCUGGCUUUGAGACCUCCUCCUCCUCUGUCUCUCCUCCUUCUUCCCCUCCUCCGCUUCCAGCUAAAGCUCACUCCUCUCACAAGCCUCUCCAGGUCUAUCGUGCCAAAACGGAGGGUGACGCUGGUGCCCUCGCCCCUCGGAUGAAGAGCGGGACCCCCUCGUCCUCGCAGCUCAACCUCGCUGUGCUGGGGCGCAGCCCCUCACCCAAGGGCCCCCCAAGCCCGGCGGGCAGCCUGCCCCGCAACCUGGCAGCCACACUGCAGGACAUCGAGACCAAGCGCCAGCUGGCCCUGCAGCAGAAGGGUCAGCAGGUGAUUGAGGAGCAGAAGCGGCGGCUGGCGGAGCUGAAGCAGAAAGCGGCCGCAGAGGCUCAGUCCCAGUGGGAAGCCCUGCACGGGCAGCCCCCCUUCCCCGCUGCCUUUCCCCCGCUUGUGCAUCACUCCAUCCUUCACCACCACCGUCCCCAUGGCGUCGGGCCCCGGGCCGAGGAGCUGGACCAUGCAUAUGACACCCUCAGCCUGGAGAGCUCAGACAGCAUGGAGACCAGCAUCUCUACCGGCAACAACUCUGCCUGCUCGCCCGACAACAUCUCCAGUGCCAGCGGGAUGGAAGCAGGGAAGAUCGAGGAGAUGGAGAAGAUGCUGAAGGAGGCGCACGCAGAGAAGUCGCGGCUGAUGGAGUCCCGGGAGCGGGAGAUGGAGCUGCGGCGGCAGGCGCUGGAGGAUGAGCGCCGGCGCCGGGAGCAGCUGGAACGCCGGCUGCAGGAUGAGACGGCACGGCGGCAGAAGCUGGUGGAGAAGGAGGUCAAGCUGCGGGAGAAGCACUUCUCGCAGGCUCGUCCCCUGACGCGGUACCUCCCCAUCCGCAAGGAGGAUUUUGACCUGCGGCUGCACAUCGAGUCCUCGGGCCACAGCGUGGACACCUGCUACCACGUCAUCCUGACGGAGAAGAUGUGCAAGGGCUACCUGGUCAAGAUGGGCGGCAAGAUCAAGUCUUGGAAGAAGCGCUGGUUCGUCUUCGACCGCAUGAAGCGCACCCUCUCCUACUACGUGGAUAAACACGAGACAAAGCUGAAGGGCGUCAUCUACUUCCAAGCCAUUGAAGAGGUUUACUACGACCACCUCCGCAGCGCGGCAAAGAGCCCCAACCCCGCCCUCACCUUCUGCGUCAAGACCCACGACCGCCUCUACUACAUGGUGGCACCCUCGGCCGAGGCCAUGCGCAUCUGGAUGGACGUCAUCGUCACCGGGGCGGAGGGCUACACCCAGUUCAUGAACUGA